ACUUAGACAUUUCCCACUUUAUUUUUAUUGUUAUUAUUAGCUGUUAAUGACAAAUUCUUGAGAAUUGUCGGGCCAUUCUUCUCAUCUAAAGAAAAAAAAAAUAAAAAAAGUCACACAGUUCAUACAAAAUUUUAUUUUUAUUUUAAUUUAAAUAAAUAAUAAUGUUUCUAAGAUAAAAUAAAAUAAAAUAAAAUAAAAUAAAUAAAAAAGCCGUUAUUAAUUUAGUUGCACGAUCUGGUUCUCCAAAAACCAGAGCUUAGAGCAUUCGGCUCCCAAAAUUCAUAGGGUUUGUCAAUUGGGGCUUCAACCGAAUGCGAGCCGAGGGCUCGAAGCUGAAGAGGGGAAUCUCACGGAGGUAAAUUAGGAGAAAAGGGGAUUCGAUUAAAGUCCAAAAAACAAAAUGAAAGCAGGAAGUGCUGCUAAGCUCAUCGUUGAUGCCCUCCUCCAGCGCUUCCUUCCCCUCGCACGACGUCGUAUUGAGACGGCUCAAGCACAGGAUGGACAGUACCUUCGACCGUCGGAUCCAGCUUAUGAGCAAGUAUUGGAUUCCUUAGCUAUGGUUGCAAGACAUACUCCAGUUCCCCUUUUAGAAGCUCUAUUAAGAUGGAGAGAAAGUGAAUCACCAAAAGGUGCAAAUGAUGCUUCUACAUUUCAACGGAAGCUUGCAGUGGAGUGUAUCUUUUGUUCAGCAUGUAUUCGGUUUGUGGAGUGCUGUCCACAAGAGGGACUUACUGAGAAGCUUUGGUCAGGGCUUGAAAAUUUUGUUUUCGACUGGCUAAUCAAUGCUGACAGGCUUGUUAGCCAGGUUGAAUAUCCAUCACUGGUUGAUCUCCGAGGGCUUCUCCUAGAUUUGGUUGCUCAACUGUUAGGUGCCUUGUCACGCAUCAGGUUUAGUUCUGUGACGGAGAGGUUUUUUAUGGAACUCAAUACUCGUCGAAUAGACACUAGUGUUGCCCGAAGCGAAACACUUAGUAUCAUAAAUGGAAUGCGCUACUUAAAGUUAGGGGUGAAAACUGAGGGUGGAUUGAAUGCAUCUGCUUCCUUCGUUGCGAAAGCAAACCCUCUCAACCGAGCUCCGCAUAAACGAAAAACUGAGCUUUACCAUGCACUGUGCAAUAUGCUUUCAAACAUCUUAGCACCUUUGGCAGAAGGGGGAAAAAGCCAAUGGCCACCUUUGGGUGUAGAGCCUGCUCUUACCUUUUGGUACGAAGCUGUUGGAAGAAUAAGAGCACAGCUCAUGCAUUGGAUGGAUAAACAGAGCAAGCAUAUUGCUGUUGGUUAUCCCUUGGUAACUCUUCUUUUGUGUCUUGGCGAUCCUCAAAUAUUCCACAACAAUUUGAAUCCACACAUGGAUCAACUCUACAAGCUUCUUAGAGACAAGACCCACCGCUUUAUGGCAUUGGACUGUCUUCAUCGAGUUUUGAGGUUUUACCUGAGUGUCCAUGCCGCAAAUCAGGCUUCGAAUCGUAUAUGGGACCACUUAGACAGUGUAACUGCCCAACUAUUGACUGUUCUGCGAAAAGGGAUGCUUACCCAGGAUGUCCAACAUGAUAAACUUGUGGAGUUUUGUGUGACCAUAGCAGAACACAAUCUUGAUUUUGCCAUGAAUCAUAUGAUUUUAGAACUGCUUAAGCAAGAUAGUCUUAGUGAAGCGAAGGUUAUUGGUCUUCGUGCUUUGCUUGCAAUUGUCAUGUCACCUUCAAGCCAAUAUGUUGGCUUGGAGAUUUUUAAAGGUCACGAUAUUGGUCACUAUAUUCCAAAGGUGAAGGCUGCCAUUGAGUCAAUUUUGCGGUCUUGCCAUAAAUCCUAUAGUCAGGCACUUCUAACUUCUUCAAAGACUGCGAUAGAUGCUGUUACAAAAGAAAAAUCUCAAGGAUAUCUCUUUCGGUCUGUGCUUAAAUGCAUACCAUAUCUUAUUGAAGAGGUUGGCCGAAGUGAUAAAAUUGCAGAAAUAAUUCCUCAACAUGGCAUAAGUAUUGAUCCUGGUGUUCGUGAGGAAGCAGUGCAAGUACUUAACCGGAUUGUAAGAUAUCUUCCUCACCGUCGAUUUGCAGUUAUGAGAGGGAUGGCAAACUUUAUUCUGCGGCUACCUGAUGAAUUCCCUCUUCUAAUUCAAACGUCAUUGGGGCGAUUGUUGGAACUAAUGCGUUUUUGGAGAGCCUGUCUAAUUGAUGAUAAGUUAGACUAUGACACUCAAGAUGCAAAGCGUGUGGGACAGCUUAAUGAGGGAUUCAAAAGAUCUUCUUUUCAUCGAUCAGGAGAACCUAUUGAAUUUCGUGCAUCUGAGAUAGAUGCUGUUGGUCUCAUCUUCCUUAGUUCUGUGGAUAGUCAAAUUAGACAUACGGCAUUAGAACUACUACGAUGUGUUCGUGCUUUAAGGAAUGAUGUGCGUGAACUUUCAUCUCGUGAGCUAGCAGACUAUACUUCAAAAUAUGAAGCUGAGCCAAUCUUUAUAGUUGAUGUCCUUGAGGAGCAUGGGGAUGACAUUGUUCAGAGCUGUUAUUGGGAUUCUGGGCGUCCAUUUGAUUUAAGACGAGAAUCUGAUGCAAUCCCUCCUGAUGCAGCACUUCAGUCUAUAAUAUUUGAGAGCCCUGAUAAGAAUAGGUGGGCUCGUUGUCUUAGUGAGGUUGUCAAAUAUGCUGCAGAGCUUUGCCCAAGUUCUGUUCAGGAGGCGAAGAUGGAGGUUAUGCAACGCCUAGCUUAUAUUACACCUGUUGAGUUGGGUGGGAGGGCCCAUCAAUCACAGGAAUCAGACAACAAACUAGACCAGUGGCUCCUAUAUGCCAUGUUUGUAUGUUCGUGUCCGUCAGCUGCUGGUAAAGAAGCUGGUGGUGCAGCUGCAACCAAAGAACUUUACCAUCUUAUUUUCCCCUCACUGAAAUCUGGAUCAGAAGCCCAAGUACAUGCAGCAACUAUGGCUCUGGGCCACUCACAUUUAGAAUCAUGUGAAAUCAUGUUUGGCGAGCUUGCAACUUUUAUUGAUGAAGUUUCUUCAGAGACAGAAGGGAAGCCAAAGUGGAAGAGUCAGAAAGGACGCCGUGAGGAGCUCCGUAUUCACAUUGCAAAUAUCUAUCGAGCUGUUGCUGAGAAUAUCUGGCCUGGCAUGUUGGCCCGUAAGCCAAUUUUCCGUCUACAUUAUUUGAAAUUCAUUGAUGAGACAACCAGGCUUAUACUAACAGCAUCUGCUGAGAGCUUUCAAGAAAUGCAGCCUCUCCGUUAUGCACUUGCAUCUGUCCUAAGAUCACUAGCCCCAGAAUUUGUUGAAGCAAAAACAGAGAAAUUUGAUGUUAGAACUAGAAAGAGAUUGUUUGAUCUUCUCCUCUCCUGGUCAGAUGAUACAAGCAGUUCAUGGAGUCAGGAUAGUGUUAGUGAUUAUCGACGAGAAGUAGAUCGUUACAAAUCUUCCCAACAUGCCAGGUCUAAAGAUUCUGUAGAUAAAUUAUCAUUCGAUAAAGAACUAAAUGAACAAGUUGAGGCAAUUCAGUGGGCCUCUAUGAAUGCUAUGGCUUCACUCUUGUAUGGGCCUUGCUUUGAUGAUAAUGCAAGGAAAAUGAGUGGCCGGGUCAUAUCAUGGAUCAACAGUUUGUUCAUUGAGCCUGCACCCAGGGCUCCAUAUGGUUACUCACCAGAUCCAAGAACUCCAUCUUAUUCGAAGCACACAGCUGAAGGUGCUCGUGGAACUUCUGGUCGUGAUAGGCAUAGGGGUGGCCAUCAUCGUGUAUCUCUAGCAAAACUGGCUUUAAAAAAUCUUCUACUUACAAAUUUGGACCUGUUUCCUGCGUGUAUUGAUCAGUGUUACUACUCCGAUGCUGCUAUAGCGGAUGGUUAUUUCAGUGUGCUUGCUGAGGUCUACAUGCGACAAGAGAUACCCAAAUGUGAAAUCCAGAGACUCUUAAGCCUGAUUCUCUACAAGGUUGUAGAUCCAUCAAGACAAAUUCGUGAUGAUGCUCUUCAGAUGUUGGAGACUCUUUCAGUUCGUGAGUGGGCAGAGGAUGGCAUUGAGGGCUCAGGAAGCUAUCGGGCUGCUGUUGUUGGUAACCUUCCUGAUUCCUACCAGCAAUUCCAAUACAAGCUCUCAUGUAAACUUGCCAAAGAUCAUCCUGAAUUAAGCCAGCUCCUGUGUGAAGAGAUCAUGCAAAGACAACUUGACGCAGUUGACAUUAUUGCCCAACAUCAGGUCUUAACAUGCAUGGCUCCAUGGAUCGAGAAUCUGAAUUUCUGGAAACUUAAGGACUCAGGUUGGAGCGAAAGAUUAUUGAAAAGCCUUUACUAUGUAACAUGGCGGCAUGGAGACCAGUUCCCUGAUGAAAUUGAGAAACUUUGGAGCACAAUUGCUAGCAAACCCAGAAAUAUAAGUCCUGUUUUAGAUUUCUUGAUCACAAAAGGGAUUGAAGAUUGUGAUUCAAAUGCAUCUGCUGAAAUAAGUGGUGCAUUUGCUACAUAUUUUUCAGUUGCAAAGAGAGUAAGUUUGUAUUUAGCACGGAUAUGCCCUCAGCGUACAAUAGAUCACCUUGUUUAUCAAUUGGCUCAGAGGAUGCUGGAGGAUAGCAUAGAGCCAGUUGUUCCAGCUGCAAAUAAGGGUGAUGCCAAUGGAAACUUUGUCUUAGAAUUCUCACAGGGACCCCCAGUAGCCCAAAUUGCCUCUGCUGUGGACAGUCAGCCACACAUGUCACCAUUACUCGUUCGGGGUUCCCUUGAUGGUCCGCUGAGAAAUGCCAGUGGGAGCCUCAGCUGGAGAACAGCAGGUGUAACAGGACGAAGUGUGUCAGGCCCAUUAAGUCCAAUGCCUCCGGAGUUGAAUAUUGUACCUGUAAAUACAGCACGGUCAGGGCAGCUACUUCCAUCACUUGUAAACAUGUCAGGGCCAUUAAUGGGUGUAAGAAGCUCAACAGGAAGUUUGCGGAGCCGCCAUGUUUCAAGGGACAGUGGAGACUACCUUAUUGACACUCCAAACUCUGGCGAAGAGGGGCUGCACUCUGGUGUUGCUAUGCAUGGAGUUAAUGCUAAAGAACUUCAGUCUGCAUUGCAGGGUCAUCAGCAACACUCAUUAACUCAUGCGGAUAUAGCACUGAUUCUACUUGCAGAAAUUGCAUAUGAAAAUGAUGAGGAUUUUCGAGAGCACUUGCCCCUUCUUUUUCAUGUGACAUUUGUCUCAAUGGACAGUUCGGAAGACAUUGUGCUAGAGCACUGUCAGCAUUUGCUCGUUAAUUUGUUAUACUCUCUUGCAGGCCGGCAUUUGGAGCUGUAUGAGGUGGAAAAUAGUGAUGGAGAGAACAAACAGCAGGUUGUUAGCUUGAUCAAGUAUGUGCAAUCGAAGCGAGGAAGUAUGAUGUGGGAGAAUGAGGACCCUACAGUUGUAAGAACUGAGCUUCCAAGUGCAGCACUUUUGUCUGCAUUAGUUCAGAGCAUGGUGGAUGCUAUAUUCUUCCAAGGAGAUCUCCGUGAAACUUGGGGAGCUGAGGCUUUGAAGUGGGCCAUGGAGUGUACUUCCAGACACCUUGCUUGUCGAUCUCAUCAGAUCUACCGUGCAUUGCGGCCUAGUGUAACUAGUGAUACAUCUGUAUUGCUUCUCCGGUGCCUUCAUAGAUGCUUAGGAAAUCCAGUACCUCCUGUGUUGGGAUUUAUAAUGGAAAUCUUGAUGACAUUGCAAGUGAUGGUGGAGAAUAUGGAACCAGAGAAAGUGAUACUUUACCCCCAGCUUUUUUGGGGUUGUGUGGCCAUGAUGCACACAGAUUUUGUUCACAUUUACUGCCAUGUGCUUGAGCUCUUCUCCCGUGUAAUUGAUCGUUUAUCAUUCCGGGAUAGAACAACUGAAAAUGUGCUUCUUUCAAGCAUGCCUAGAGAUGAGUUGGAUACUGGUAGUGAAAUUGGGGACUUCCAGCGGACAGAAUCUAGGAAUAAUUAUGAGCUUCCAACUACUGGUGGACCUUUGCCAACAUUUGAAGGAGUACAGCCUCUUGUGCUUAAAGGACUCAUGUCUACCGUUAGUCAUGGUGUUUCUAUUGAGGUGCUCUCACGGAUCACAGUGCACUCAUGUGACUCAAUAUUUGGGGACACUGAGACAAGACUCUUGAUGCAUAUUUCAGGCUUGCUUCCCUGGUUGUGUUUGCAACUGAGCAAGGACUUGGGGCCUACUUCACCUCUUCAACAGCAGUACCACAAAGCUUGCUCUGUUGCAGCGAACAUUUCAGUCUGGUGUCGGGCAAAAUCUUUGGAUGAAUUAGCUGCUGUAUUUAUGUCAUACUCUCGAGGGGAGAUCAAAACUGUUGAUAACCUACUUUCUUGCGUCUCACCUCUCUUAUGUAAUGAAUGGUUCCCAAAGCACUCAGCAUUGGCUUUUGGGCACUUAUUAAGACUAUUAGAAAAAGGGCCUGUUGAGUAUCAACGAGUGAUACUGCUGAUGCUGAAGGCAUUACUUCAGCACACUCCCAUGGAUGCUGCCCAAAGUCCACAUAUGUAUGCAAUUGUGUCUCAGUUGGUGGAGAGCACUUUGUGUUGGGAGGCACUAAGUGUGUUGGAAGCACUUCUGCAGAGUUGUUCAUUAACAGGUUCCCACCCUCACGAACAGCCUGGAUCAUACGAGAAUGGAAUCAGCGGAGUUGAGGAAAAGAUGCUUGCUCCUCAGGCCUCAUUCAAGGCUCGCAGUGGUCCCCUGCAUUAUAGCAUGGGAUCAGGGUUUGGGACAGCUUCAACACCUGCACCCCUCGGAUCAAAUGAAUCUGGAAUACCGCCCAGAGAAGUGGCUCUGCAGAACACUCGUCUUAUCCUCGGGCGUGUGCUUGAUACCUGUGCUUUAGGGAGGAGAAGGGAAUACCGAAGGCUGGUACCUUUCGUUACUAAUAUUGGUCACCCAUAAAACCUGCAAUGCCAACUUCUAAUUAUUUAUGUUGGUGGAUUAAAUAUAACCCAGUUUUGGCACGUGUGUUGUUGGGUAAAAAAGUUUUGAGGUUGAAUUUGUAUAUAUAUUGUAGUGUGUAGCUAAUAGAGUAAUUUAUUGUACAGUUGCAGCAGCAUAUCUUGUAUCUCUUAUUUUUAUUAGACUUUUGUAAUUUAUGAGCUUCUAUUAACUAUGGAAUUGUUCAUUUAAUCAA